AUACACUAUUAUGCACAAUACUGGAAGGAGAAAAUGUAAAUAGAUUGAAAUAGCAUACGCACUGUGAUUUCUAAAACCUGGAGAUUAUGUCUGUUUUAAUACGUUUCAACGGGCUAACGGGCUGUAUGUGGCCCGCGGGCCGUAGUUUGCCCAUGUCUGAUUUAACUGUUGACCAGUUUACCUGUUGACAGAUAACCAGUUAACUAUUUGACGUGUUCGCCAGUUGACCUGUUGACCAACUAACCGGUUGACCUGUUGACCAGUUGACCUGUUACUCAUCGACUGCUUACCAGUUUACUUGUUAACUUGUUGACCUGCUGACCUGUUAACCAGUUACUCAUUGACUUUCUGACCAUUUGACCUGUUGAUUAGUUGACUUGGUAACCUAUUGGCCUGUUAACCAGUUACUCUUUGACUUGCUGAUCAGUUUGUUUUGAAACCUGAACUGUUGACCUCAUGAGCAGUUUACCCUGUUAACUAGUUAAAUUCUUGACCAGAUAACCAGCUGACCUGUUGACCAGUUAACUAUUUGACCUGUUACCAGUUAACGUUUGACCUGUUGACAGUUAAGUAUUUGACCUGUUGUCCAGCUAACCAGUUGACCAGUUGACCUGUUGACCAGUUAACCAACCCAGCAGUGGUUCUCCCGAGUUCUCCGGAGUUCUCCCAGGUUCUUCAGAGUUGUGACGGCCGGUUCUGCGUCUGUCCUCCAGACUUCCUGAAGAGCUCUCAGUCCAGCAGCUGCUCUCUGAACAGCGAGAACCCGUACGCCACCAUCGGCGACUGGCGGCCGCCGGAGAGCAGCUACGUGGAGAUGAAGUCUCCGGGCCGCCACCCGCACCACGUCGCCGCCGGCAACGCCCCGCCAACCAGGAACAUCUACCACAUGGAGCCCGGUGUCAGCGUCCUGCAGGGGGCGCCGCCGGUCCCGUCCCACUGCCAGAACCCGUACGACCUGCCGCGGAACAGCCACAUCCCGGGACACUACGACCUGCUGCCGGCGCGCCCCGGCCCCUCCCAGGGCCACGCCCCCCACCUGCCCGCCAGCCCCACCAGCUCCCUGCUGUGAAGCCAGCAGGGCCGGAACCAGGGGGGCCGGGGGGGACCAGGAGGACCAGGGGGUCUGACGCUAC